UUUUCAUUUUAUUUUUUUAUUUAUACCCAUUUUUAUUUACUCUUUCUUCCGUACAGAUUUUAUUUGUAUAUAUAAAUUCCACUAUCUUGUAUGAAACCGACUUCUCUUCAUCCCACACCACACCGUUAUUAUACUCCGUAUCCCAAUUCUAUUCCAUUCCACCUUCCGCCCAACGAUUGAUCUCUCUAUCAUUUAGAUAUCGCUUUCCAUUGCCCGAGCCGCGGGUAAUUGUUCGGAGCUGGUCAAUCACCUCGCUACUCCUUCUACAGUCCGACAAUUCCAGCAUCAUUUCUGAAUCUAUUGAUCAACCCAAGGAGCAGCUAUUUAUACACAUAUAUAUACAUACAUACAUACAUACGGAGAGAGCUAUAGAAUAGCCGUGCGCCAUGCGCGGUACCGCCGCUAUCUGCACGCUGGGUACAGCGCUGCUGUCCGUCUUGCCCGCCAUCAAUGCCAUCGAACUCGUUGCAAGAGACUCCCCGAGCGUGGUUGGCCUCGUCAUCGAGCGGAAACAUGUCACCAACCCGAUUCAAAGAGAUCAGCUAAGAAAAAGGAGAAGUAAAAUUGUUGAACAGCUGCUGGACAAUGAGGAAACGCUAUAUUUCUGCAACAUAACGCUGGGAACUCCAGCGCAGCACGUGCGUAUGCACAUCGACACGGGCAGCAGUGAUCUCUGGUGCAAUUCUCCGAACUCAGAUCUGUGCACCCAGAGUGGAGAUCCUUGCGCCGAGGGAGGGACUUAUGACCCGAAAGCCUCAUCUACCUAUCAAUUUACCAAUUCCCUUUUCAAUAUCUCGUACCUCGACGGCUCCGGCGCAAGCGGCGACUAUGUGACGGAUACGCUGAGCAUUGGGGGUGUUUCGUUAAACGACUUCCAGUUCGGGGUGGGAUUAGACUCUACUUCGCAAGAGGGAGUUCUCGGUAUCGGAUACCCUGCGAACGCAGUACAACCGGCUCGGUAUGGUCAAGCACCUUACCCAAACCUCCCCUUCGCCCUCGUCGACCAGGGACACAUAAAAUCACCUGCCUAUAGCCUCUGGCUCAACGACCUCGAUGCUAGCACGGGUAGCAUCCUCUUCGGCGGCGUCAACGCUGCGAAAUUCCACGGCACCCUACAAUCCCUCCCCAUCCUCCGAAGGGGUGGCCAAUACAUCGAUCUCGUCAUCGCUCUAACGGGCCUAUCCAUCUCAGGGAACGGCGUUGACCAAGAACUAAGCACAGGCAGCAUGCCCGUCCUUCUCGACUCCGGAAGCAGUCUCUGCUACCUCCCCGAUCAACUCGUCAGUGCCAUCUACAGAUUCGUCCAGGCCAUCUAUGACCCAUCAUCCGGCGCCGCCUUCAUCCCCUGCCGCUUCAAAUACGCAGACGUAACCCUAAACUUCCGAUUCUCCCCCACCCUCACCACCGCCGUCCCCAUGAACGAACUCAUCCUCGACAUCGGCACCGCGGUCGGCAUCGAUAGGCCGUCCUUCAGCAACGGCGAGCCAGCCUGCCUCUUCGGCAUCGCGCCCUCUGGCGGCGGCACCUCCAUCCUCGGUGACACGUUCCUCCGCAGUGCCUACGUCGUCUACGACCUGGGCAACAACCAGAUCUCCCUCGCCCAGACCAACUUCAACUCCACGGGCAACAACGUGCUGGAGAUCGGCACGGGGCCCGGUGCCGUGCCCUCGGUCACUGGCGUGUCUAGUGGUGCACCGCCGCGGACGACGGCUACGACCACGAGCUCGAAGGCGUGGGCGCGGCCGACGGCACGGCCGGAUGUGAAGAUAGGGGCGUUGGCGGGGUUGGUGGGCGUGGGUGCGGGCGUGGUUUUCGGUGUAGUAUAGUAUAAUAAUGAUGAUUAUGAAGUUUGGAAUAGUAUUUUAUCUCUGCGUUUUUUGUUUGGUUACUUUGGGAGUCCUGGUUAUUUUGGAAUUUUAUUUAUUUCCCCCUUUCCCCCCUUUUCCCGGUCAUUUUAUCCCCUUCUUGCAUAAAACGUUUGGGAGGCUUGAUAUGCAUUUCUCCUCUUUUAUUUUCUUGCCUUUCUUCUGGUGGUCAUCUUUCUGUCUUAUCAUUUAAUUGCUUUGAACGCACACUCCAGGCACAGACUCACAACACAGUUCAUACCUUGCUCUGCACACGAUAUGUAUGUACUAUUCAUGAAACCAGUGCAUACGAAACUGGAGAACACAAAAGUGGAGAUAGAAAGGGAAUAUGAGGCUCUUGAUAGAGGUAAAUAAAAAAAAGGCGCGGACGCAAUUCUUUCUCUCUCUCUCUCUCUCUCUCUCU